UCCCCGCUCCCCGGCCCUGCGGCGGAUGCGCGUGUCCCCGGGUGCUGCCUCCCGCCAGGCUCUAGCAAGCCUCGACGCCCAUGGGAGCAGCGGCUGCCACCCACUUCCCCCUUCGCUGGUCCCGCUCUUUCCCGCCCCCGCCCGGGCCGCUAGUCUUACAUGGAAAUUGCGCCGGGCGGGACUACUUCCUGCAGAAGCCCCUCCCUCCUCCCAGAGACCCACACUAACCGUUGCUCCCCCUCAUCGCGGCGUAGAGCACCACCCUCUUAAAGACUCCGGGAGUCCUCACUUUCGGCAGCGCCAGAUAAGUCUCGGACCGGCGGGGAGAGUUAACGGCGGGUUUGGGUUAUUUUUUUUUUUCCUUCCAGUUGAAGCGCCCCCCUCCGGCAAGCAAUCGUUCCCUCUCUUCUGCGUCAGUUUAAGAAUGGUCCGUAGUGGCAAAAAUGGUGGUCUUCAUCUAAAGCAGAUCGCAUAUUACAAGCGAACAGGUGAAUAUCAUCCAACCACAUUGCCAAGUGAGAGAAGUGGAAUAAGAAGAGCAGCAAAAAAAUUUGAAUUCAAAGAGAAAAAGCUAUUCUAUGUUGGAAAGGACAAGAAACAAAAUCGUUUGGUAAUUAUCUCAGAAGAGGAGAAGAACAGAGUCCUAAGAGAGUGCCAUGAAAAUAACACUGGGGCUCAUCAUGGCAUAUCCAGAACUCUUACUCUAGUAGAAUCUGGUUACUAUUGGACAUCUGUGACCAAUGAUGUCAAACAGUGGGUAUAUUCUUGUCAGCAUUGUCAAGUGGCAAAAAACUCAACUGUUUUAGCACGCAAAUAUCAGCCUCUUAAAGUGGAAGAACCAUGGAGUGUUGUUACUGUGGAUUUAAUGGGACCUUUUCAUUCCAGCAGCCAAAGCCAUAUGUAUGCCAUAAUUAUGACCGAUUUGUUCACAAAAUGGAUUGUGAUUUUACCUCUCCAUGAUGUUUCUCCAUCUGAAAUUUCUAAAGCAAUCAUUAGUAUAUUUUUCUUGUAUGGUCCCCCUCAGAGAAUAGUGAUGGAUCAAGGAGAUGAAUUUAUUGAUCAGAUUAAUGGAGAACUCUUUGGGCUUUUUGGUGCAAAGCAAAUGGUGAGUUUCUACCCAUCUCAACCAGACGAUGCAAGUGAAAGAACUGCAAACACAAUUAAAAUUUUUCUUUCAAAAUACUGCCUGGACCACCCAAAUGAUUGGGAUGACCAUCUACUAGCUAUUUCAUAUGCCUUCAAUUUGACUCAUUUGGAUCCUUCAAAAAAUAUGCCAUACUUCCAAAUGUUUAAUCGAAAUCCAGAUGAUCUUGGACCUUCAGAUGUAUUUCAUGAAGGAGAAGGUAGUGAUAGCAUAUGCAUGUUUGCCAAAAUUUUACGUGCGGUUAAAGAGGCUGAUAAGAUAAUGGUGGACAAGACAACAUCAACAUGCCAAUUGGAUAACCACAUUCACGAUGAAACACAAAGUAAAAGCAAGAUUAUCAUUAAAAGGAGACCAAAGCAACUAAAUCCAUUUCACCUUAAAGUUGGACAUGAAGUUCUUCGACAAAGGAAAAACUGGUGGAAGGAUGGACGUUUCCAUUCAGAAUGGGUUGGUCCUUGUGUCAUAGACUACAUUACAGAAAAGGGAUGUGCUGUCCUAAGAGACAACACAGGUACCAGACUUAAGAGACCCAUCAAAAUGUCACACCUUAAACCCUACGUAAGAGAUUCUGGUGAACAAGAUAGCCAUUAUCAUUUAUAUGAUUCAGUAGUGGCUGAUCAUGACUACGUUGGGUUAGCUGAAAUUCCAAUUGGAUCAUACCAGCCAGAGAUUCUUGUAGAAGAUGCAACUAUUUGUACAUCAAAUGACAAAUUAUCUGUACCAAAUAAGGAUCAUGAACUAUCAGAAAGCAAAAAUUCUAAAAUUUCUCAGCUGUUAGAAGAUCAUGGCAUUCAACCUGUCAAUUUAAAUCUUGAAAAACAGACUUUCAGUUUGUUGGACUCUUCAAACCAAGGCCUUGAAUAUUUAAGCUAGUUAAAUAAAUUCAGGCGGUGUUUGCUUAGAAUUCAUAACCUCUUUUUAUAAUGCUUUGGCUUCAUGAGACAAAAGAAAGUAUAUGUUAACAUAUUAUUAAAUCCUGAAAUGGUUUUUACUAUUUAUUUAGAAAAAUAUGUAUAUAUAUAUAUAUGUAUAUAUGUGUGUGUGUGUGUGU